CCCGGAUCGCAUAUUUCAUAGCAACAGACCAUUCCCGGUAGUUCUCUUCCCCACGAAGAGUAAUACCGCUCAAGUUCUGUCCCGGUAUAUUGGAACCAUGAAGAAAACACGGUGACCAGGGAUCGUGCAUCUUCUUCCGUUCAUUCCGCUGACCUGCAACGGUCUGCGAAUUCACCAUGUUUGUCGAUCGGAAAAUAUCAAGGCCUAUUGUGCAGGCCCCACAGGUGCAUUUUGGGACCGUCCUGUACCCAUCAAAGUCCUCCCAAAUAGUUCUCAAAUGCCCGUAGUACAUUGACACAGUGUCUCCCGCUUGAUAUAUUCGAUCGUAUGCCUCUGUACAGAUUCCCGUCAAGCCCUAGAAGAAACUCAUGAAUCUUCUCCUUCUCUAUGCUUUUAGCAAUCUGCUAUUCAAUUUGGAAAUUUUAUUUAUUUAUACUAAGCUUUAAAUGAAAGGAAUUUAAAGCUGAAUGAAGAAUGCAAGCCAAGACCAACACAACGUAUCUAGCGAACCUUUUGCAGACCUGCAUUGACAACAAAUCCCACACCGCCGGCAAACUUCUCCAUGGCCAUGUCGUCCGGCUGGGCCUCUCUUCCGAUACUUUUCUGGCAAAUCGCAUCACCGGAAGUGUGGUCUCACCCAGUCCGCCCGCAACGUUUUUGAUCAAAUGCCCCAUCCUAACAUAUAUAUUCCUAUCAUGCUAUGUUGGGGGCUCACUGCAAGGCGGGCCAGUUAGAUCAUGCCACCCAAUUGUUUGACAAAAUGCCUGAGCGGAAUAGUGUCUCGUGGAACACUAUGAUCAGUGCUUUAGCCCGAAAUGGUUAUGAAAGAAAGGCAUUGGAGGUUUACUGUAUGAUGAUUUCAGAUCGUUUUGAGCCUACCCAUAUCACCUUUGCGAGCGUUUUGAGUGCUUGUGGUGGACUGAGGGGCAUGGAGUUUGGGAGGGGAUGCCACGGGUUGGCUGUAAAGUGUGGGUUCGACAAGAAUGUGUAUGUAGGAAAUGCUUUGUUAAGUAUGUAUGUGAAAUGCAGCUGUGGUGGGGAUGCAAUCAAGAUCUUUGCGGAUUUGCCGGAACACAAUGAGGUUUCCUUCACGGCUAUGAUAUCAGGUUUGGUUGACAUUGAUCAAGUGCAAGAGGCUUUUGACAUGUUUAAGUUUAUGCAGCGGAGUGGAUUCAUGAUUGAUUCCAUUUUGUUGUCAAGCUUUCUCAAAGUUUGUGCUAAAAGUGAUAUCCCUAACUUUUUGUUUGAUGACCAAAUCAACGCUUGGGAAACUAGUAAUGUGCAGGGAAAACAAGUUCACAGCCUUGCUAUUAAACUUGGAUUUGAAAAUGAUCUUCGGCUGUGUAACUCAUUACUUGACAUGUACGCCAAGAACAAAGAUAUGGCAAGUGCUGAAGUGAUCUUUCAGGGCCUGCCUGAAGCUAGUAUUGUUUCUUGGAAUAUCAUGAUAGGCGGAUUUGGUAAAGAUGGAUAUGCAACUGAUGUUGUAGUAGGGAGUGCGCUAAUCAAUAUGUAUUCUAAAUGCGGCGAUAUAGAUGGGGCCCGUCUCUAUUUUGACAUGAUGCCUUGUAAGAACACUAUUACUUGAAAUGAGAUGAUACAUGGGUAUGCACAGAAUGGGCAAGGAGAACAAGCUUUUAUCUUAUACGAAUACAUGAUCCAAACAGGGAAUAAGCUAGAUGGUGUAACAUUCAUUGCUGUUUUAACUGCUUGUAGUCAUUCAGGAUUAGUAGAUAGGGGGAUUAGCAUUUUCCACUCGAUUCAGAAGGAAUACGGAGUGGAGCUCCUUAUUGAUCAUUACACUUGUAUUAUUGAUUGUUUGGGUCGAGCAGGCCGGUUUAAUGAAGUUGAUGAGAUUUUAUAUAAGAUGCCAUUCAACGAUGACCCUAUUGUGUGGGAGGUAUUGCUUAGUACAUGUAGGGUUCAUUCAAAUGUCAGUUUAGCAAGAAGAGCAGCAAACGAGCUUUUGCGACUGGAUCCAGAGAAUUCUACCCCUUAUGUUCUUCUAGCCAAUAUGUAUUCAUCUUUGGGAAGAUGGGAUGAAUCAAAGGUGGUUAGAGAAAGGGUGGUCGAAGAGAAUAUAGUUAAGGAUUCCGGUUUUAGUUGGGUGGAGAAACAAAGUGGAUUUGAGGAGAAUGAGGUCUCUAUUGUGGCUUCCUGAAAAUGAUGAAAUAGGACAAUUGAGGUCUAUAUUGUUCUUCCUGAGAAUGAUGAAAUGGGACAAUGUAGAAGGUGUCACAUUUGAAGAAAAUUGUAUUCCAACACCCUAGCUACUGGUGGAAAGGGAAAUUCCAUAAGCUCAAAUGAUUCUGGCUGGUCUGUACUCUGAUGCCUCUUAGUGCUAUAUUGCCCUCAAGUUACACUUUAUGCGUGCUAGCAUGUGGCCAUCAAAUAAUCAGUCUUCACCCAUGGCAGUUUUAGUUGUGAUGCUCAUAAAUCAUAACCUCCAUCUAGGUUAUGCCAUCUUUGAGUUCUGGUUUGCCAAUUGCCAUUGUCAUGCUACUGCUGCUCUAGAAUAGUUAAGAACAUGGUCCUAGUCCCUGAUGGUUUUUAAACCAAAUGCCGAACCGGUAGGCCGGUCUUGGAUCGGAGCCUGUACUGGUGAUCGGGUAUUUGCAGUCUAGUAGUUAACGAAAUAGGGUAGGAAUCAAUCAGGAACUGGAUACAAAACCCUUGGUUUUACCCAGCCCAAAAACAAGUCCGGUAGUACAUGUUACAAUUCUAAUCAAUAGGCUAUCAUCCCAGAUUCCCGGGGAACUAGACUGUGCUUGAAGUCUUGAACAUUGCUAGUCUGGAAUCUGAAAGUGUCCAUAUAUAUACUCAAUUGGGUAAUGAUCUCAUUAUUAACAUUUAUAAGGCAUACUUUGAUUUUUUUAGCUUUUUACAUGUUUGACUCAUGUUUGACUAAUAUUAGCUCCCUAAAUCUCUUGGGGAGAAAGGCUUGGAUGUUGUUGUUGUUGUACAUGUUUGACUCAUAUUUUAAGUAUUUCUGUA